GAAAAAAAAAAAUUGGACCGGGUUCAAGGCUUUCGUUGGAUAUAGCAGCCCUCUUUGAAAGCAUGGGAGGCUUCACAUAAUAACUGUCCAGGGUAGUGCCUCAAGAUUUCACAAGUUUCAGCCCAAAACCACCAUAAAAGUGGCUCAUCAUCAGACAGUCGCUGUUUGCUCGGCACCUACUGCACUCCAGACAAGCGCCCAUAAUGAACAUUUUGAAGAUGAGAGGUUUACCAGCACUGAACUGCAAGAUUUUGAAAGUGGGAUCCCAAAGCCAUCUACAAAAAUUAAACAACAUUUUUCAUCUCAUAUCAACGACAUCAUUUGGUUCUGAUAUCAAGGGCCAAGGGUUUCACAGUAUCAGCUCAAGCGGACAUUAUGUAAAUUGUAAGAACAAGUCAGUUGCAAGUAACAGAUGGCAAGGAUCCUUUGUAAAUCAGCAAAAAAGGACAUUCUUUUCUUACUUUCACAAAAAAAAGACUUUAGAAGCCCAGCAGAAGGCAGAUAAUGUAGAUACACACUAUGAUCUAGUCUAUAGUGGUAAUUCACUGUGGUAUAUUCAUUUAGCAUUAAGUUCAGUACAUCUGUCUGGUGCUGCAGUUGGUGUGUGUAUUGCAGGAAAUGAACUGGGAUUUCCAGUUUUGAAUUUGAUAGAUGAAAUUAUGGCAGCUCCACUAGAAGCUGGCUGUUUCAUUACUUUUUCAACAGCCAUAUGUUUAGCUAUUGUUCAACUUUCAAGGCAAUAUCCUUUUCGUAUUUAUUAUAGUGAACUUGAAAAUCAGUUCAUUGUUAUAUUAUCUAGUUUAAUGCCAUUUUCAACAAGAAAAGUUCUUCUACAGCCAGGGGAACUUAAACCACAGCCACCUGGCCUAUUAGCUAGUGUGUUACCAUGGUCCUCCAAUAUGUAUAAAGGUCCUUCACAAAACAUAUUACUUUUUUUGGAGAGCUUUAAGUACCCAGUGUAUUUCAAUAUGCUUCUAGGUUAUCAGUGAAACAAUGUUCAUGAUAUUUGUUGGUAAAAUAUUGUUUUUAGAUUAAAAAAGAUAAAUUUGAGUACAGAGCAGUUAUUUAGAUUGAUUUUACAAACAGCCUUCUUAUUCAAACAUCAACAAAGCUUGUAAUUCAUGUUUGUAAUGUAUAUAUAUUUUUAAAUAUGGUGUAAAUAAACUUUAGUAAUUUUGCCAAACCAUAUAAA